AGCCAGCCUGCACUGCAACAUCCUCACUUCUAUCUCCAUCUGAAUUCUCUGUUCUGUAAAUCACAAACCGUGUUUCCAUUUUGUCAGAUCUCUCUGUCAGGCACUGAGGUAGAGUCGGUAAUGUAAAAAUUUGUAGAAUCCCACUUAAUGCUACUUUUCUCUCUAGGCUGACUCACCAGUGACUGAACAUCUAGCCAUACAGUGCAGAGUACUGCAUCCACUAUAUUGCACUUUGUAGAAGCUGUGAUCAGGAGCUAUUUGUGCCUUCAGCACCCUGGACAGUCCCUGCACCUCAUCUCCUGUGCGGAUCUGCUACAGUGUAUCUGAUUCAGGACCCUGGACAGCUCUGUGUGCGUCUGAUCUGUGGAGACUUGUAUCGCAGCACGGAGUCCACUUCAGCACUCUGGACAGCUCCUGUAUCUCUCCUAUGCGAAUUACAGACAGUUUGGGGUCUUCUGUCUAAGAGGACUCAGGUCCCAGCCUGCGACCACUUAAAAGACACACGAUUUGGAUAGCUGGGACCAUUCUCAAAAGCAACUCACCAAAAAGCAUGGAUUUCAUAGGAGACACCACUAUCCUAGGACUGCAACUAUUCAUUCUUAUUUUAUGUAUGAUGGGUCAUAAUGCUGCCGAACAAGAAGUCGAGAAUCUCUCUGGUCUGUCUAGCAAUCCUGAAAAAAAUAUAUUUGCCAUUCGAGAAAACGGGACAACGUGUCUAAUGGCCGAAUUUUCUGCUAGAAUCCUUGUGCCAUAUGAAGUACCUUCCAGCAAUGAAGUGGAUUGGAAUCCAGAAGAAGCGAACAUUCAGUUGCCGAGAGAUACGGAUAUAAAAGGAAAAUGUUGGAGUAAUGAGUCCGAACUACAUUUGUCCUGGGCAGACAAUGCUUAUACUCUAAAGCUGUUUUUCCUAAAGGAUGAUCCAAUGAAACCUUAUUCCAAUAACUGGAAAAUAAAUAAAGUCCAGUUUUCCUACGAUGUUUCAGAGCGCACAAAUUUUAAAACUGGAGCGAGACCUGGGAGGCACACUGCAAGCAGGCAACACCUUUCUCUUAUGGUGACACCAAUUGGAAUGUCCUAUGAAUGUGAAGCCACCGAAAGGAUCAGUCUAACCUCUACUGAUCAAAAAAAAACUGUGACCUUGUUCCUCUCUAAUGUACACAUUCAGCCAUUUGAUAUCCAGAGAGAUUUUGUCUACAGCGAAGAUUACAAAUGCCAAACAGAUCAAAGAAAACAGCUGGAGGAAAUGUUGCCCCUUAUUCUGGGUAUAACCUUGGGACUGGCUAUCGUAAUUAUCCUCGCUGUGUAUCACAUUCAUCACAAGAUGACAGCCAACCAAGUUCAAAUUCCUCGGGACAGAUCUCUGUAUAAACACAUGGGAUAAACAGACUGAUUACAUGCAGGGCACAUUAAAUCAUCAGGUAGAUAAAACUAAUGCACUUUCCCUAUCAUCACGUCCGCUUCUCUGCCCAUAAUCUGUGUAUCAGAAAGUAUUUGUCCCAGCCAGCAUUUGAGGGCAUUUACACAUCAAUGCUAUUAUUGUGCUUUAAACCAUAGUGUAGUUGCUGAGCUCAAUCCCUGUGCUACAAAACACAAUCUUUAAGUCUUUGGACUCCAGUAUUUUACUUUUACUGAUUUUAAAGAGAAAUUAUGUAAUAAAGCACAAUUAUUAUCCUGGAUGUUUGGAAAAAUAACGACAAAAAAUUAUAUAUAACAAAAACGCACAUUAGCAGUUGUUGACUUUUCAUGUAUGACAUAGAACCUAUGCAUGUGUAAUAUUUAUAUUACGAU